GUGGUUCAAUUCAAAGCCCCCAAAACCUCCCCAUUCUUCUGGCUUCUUCUUGUAUGCUUCUCUUGUUGGAACCAUGCUCCCGCGUCUUUCCACUUUCAACCUUGUCCGCACCACAAUCAACGCCCGCACACUCUCUCCAUUCGCUUCUCACUCCCCUCGCGAGCUCCAAAACGAUGCCGUUUUGCGGCCCACACUCUUCAGCACUAUCGACGAAGCUCCUCAACAUAACCCUAUCCUCUCUCUGCAAAGCCAAGCAGUUGCCGAAAGCCGAGUCCGCGAUAAUCGACGCCAUAAAACUCGGCGUGCUCCCCGACGCCGUCACCUACAACACCCUAAUCGCCGGCUACUGCCGUUUCGCCUCCGUCGACGCCGCUCACUCCGUCCUCUCGCGGAUGCGCGCCGCCGGGAUCCCCCCCGACGUCGUUUCGUACAACUCCCUGAUCUCCGGCGCCGUCCGCCAGUGCCUGCUCUCCAAGUCCCUCGACCUGUUCGACGAAAUGCUCGCGCGCGGCGUCGCCCCCGACACGCGGAGCUACAACAUCCUCAUGCACUGCCUGUUCAAGCUCGGCAAGCCCGACGAGGCGAACCGCGUCUUCAGGGACGUCGCGCUCCGCGGCGUGGCCAGCGCCGCCACGUACAACGUCAUGAUCAACGGCCUCUGCCGGAACGGCCACGUCGCGCACGCGCUGAGCCUCUUCCGGAACCUGCGGCGGUUCGGCUUCGCGCCGCAGGUUCUGACCUACAACGCGCUCAUCAACGGCCUCUGCCGGGCGAAGCGGCUGAAGGCCGCGAGCGACGUGCUGAGGGAGUUCGCCGAUUCGGGACUCGCGCCGAACGCGGUUACCUACACCACCGUGAUGAAGUGCUGCUUCAGGUGCGGGAAUUUCGAGCAGGGGUUGGAGAUUCUGUCGGAGAUGAGGGAUUUAGGGUUUACGUUCGAUGGAUUCGCGUACUGCACUGUGAUCGCGGCGAUGAUUAAGACCGGUAGGAUGCGCGAGGCGAAUGAGAUUAUUGAGAUUAUGGUGGGUUCCGGCGUGAGGCCGGAUCUGGUGGCGUAUAACACUUUGAUUAACCUUUAUUGCAGGCAGGGGAAGCUGGAUGAGGCGUUGAAGGUGGUGGAGGAGAUAGAGGAGGAGGGUUUGGUGUGUGAUAAGUACACGCAUACUAUUAUCAUUGAUGGGUUGUGUAAGGCAGGGGAUUUUGCUGGGGCUGAGAGGCAUUUGAGCUAUAUGAAUGGUUUGGGGUUUGGGUAUAAUUUGGUUGCGUUUAACUGUAUGCUUGAUGGGUUGGGGAAGGCUGGGCAUAUUGAUCAUGCUGUGAAGUUGUUUGAGAUGAUGGAGGUUAAGGAUUCGUUUUCUUAUACCAUCUUGGUGCACAACCUUUGCAGGGCGAGACAGUUCCUUUGCGCCUCGAAAGUUUUGGUUUCGUGUUUGAAAUGUGGGUAUCAGGUGUUGAGGGCCACUCAGCGGGCGGUUAUUGAUGGGCUUCAGAGUAUUGGGUUUACAAAUGAAGCGAGGAAGGUUAAGUUGAGGAUCAGAUUGGCACGGUUUGUGCCUUGAUUGUGUGGUGAUUGUUGGAGGGGCCUUUGUUGGAGUGAAGUCACUGAUCCGUGGGUCUUGUGAUUGAUGAUUGCCAUGACUGUCAUGGAAAGGGAGACUAUUAUCGUUGUGCUGCAAGACAUUUGAUGGAAACUACUAUGGUUAUGCACAAGAUUACCAAAUUUGAAAUGAUGAAACUGGAAAUUUGGUACUUGGGGACAUGCUUAGUGCGGCAUUCGGAUAAUGGGAAGGUUCACUACUGCUACAUGAAACGUGCGGUAUUGCUGAAAAUUGGGAAGCGAGUUGCUUCCAAUUUCGCAUUAUCCAGGCGGGUUAAGUGUUAGACAUUUACAUGGACAUGGAAGGGAGAGAGCAGAUAUCUACCAGCAUAAUUCUGACUGGGGUUCCAAUCACUAUGUCCAGUCACUUGAUUCAGAGUUGAACCUUAUGAGAAACCCUGUCAUUGAACAGAAUCAACUUCAAAAGGUGCCAAAUCACAAGGAAUAUGGAAUGGUUUCCCCAAGAGGAAGCUCGGGUCUUGUUUCACCAAGUUCCAGCCAACCAACAAUGAGGUUGAUGGGUAAAGAUGUUCCGAUUGGAAGAAGCAGCAAAGAAAAGAACCAAUUUGUGGGAGGAGUUCCUUGGGCUGAUGAGGAAUCCAGAAGUAUUCUGUAGAUGCUGCUAAGGACAAUUCUUUAUUGGGGAGAUGCUCUGUGCCGGAUAGGGCAC